AUGGGAAACUGCACUUCUACCACUAGACCCCCUUUCAUUCCUGGAGUCUCACAAGGAUCAAUUCUCUGUCCUGUCCCAUUCAACAUCUACAUAGAGCCAGAUGACAUGGACUCAAGUGGCAGCAACAUGCAAAUGACAGCUCUAUCCAUCUUCACUUCAUAUGACCACUCAACUACCACCAAGAUGGCCCAGUGUUUGGAUGAGAUCAACUCAUGGAUGAACAGCAGCUGCAUAAAGCUGAAUACAAUUUAUGAAAACAGAAUAUACAGCCUUAAAAUAGAAAGUGCGCCUAAAUAUCCAGAAGCACCUCCAUUUGUAAGAUUUGUAACAAAAAUUAAUAUGACUGGAGUAAAUAGUUCUAAUGGAGUGGUGGAUCCCAGAGCCAUAUCAGUCCUAGCAAAAUGGCAGAAUUCUUAUAGUAUCAAAGUUGUUCUGCAAGAGCUUCGGUGUCUAAUGAUGUCUAAAGAAAAAAUGAAACUUCCUCAGCCACCUGAAGGACAAUGUUACAGCAAUUAA